AUGGCCAUCACUACCUGGGCAAAAAAUGUCAAUGUGCAUCCUGGUCUUUCUGACAUCAAUGCAAAGAAAAAACAAUGUACCAAAGCUGAGAAGGCUGCUGAUGACAAACACCACCAUGAAGAACUUGAAGCCAAGGAAGCAGCUGCCAUACAAGGCAUUGAGUGCCUUGCCAAGAUCCAAGCCAAUAUGAAAAUAUCGCAAGCAAGUGCGGCUGCAAAGAAGCCAAGAGCAGUUAGGCCAUGCCCAGUUGCAGUAAAGAAGAAGGAAGGUGGACCAGUGGGUGGGCUUGAUACUGAAGGGCAGGCUGAUAAUGGGUCAGGAGAGGGAGCACUUACCAUGGAGAUGGAAGGAGGUUAUAAAAACAUCAAAAAUAUAGCCAGGGCUUCCAAGCAAUCACUGAAGGAUGCUAUUGAUGCAGCCCAUCUGAAUCUGACAAGGGAAAAUCAUCUUCCGGCACAUGCUACAGAUGGGAAAGAAAGAUCCUUGCCAAAAAUGUCCACAGCAACAACAGCUUCCAAGGCCACUAUGGUAAUAUCUCAGGUCCCUCCAAAACCAACCCCUAAUGAAGUUCCUGUGGCUGAAGAUGCUCUGGUUGGUGGAUUUGAUGAUGCUGACAAGAUUUAUGAAUCACAGGAACAUGAUGCUGUAUUUCAGGUGUCAACAUGGGGAAGGGUGCCACUCAAGUCCAUCAUUCAGAUGAUGGACAGUAUCAAAGAGAGUCCCCCACCUCCAACACAGCCCAGAAAUCCAGCAUGCAUGGUGCACCUGUGGAGAUUGCCCAGUGAAGACUCAGUUUUGCUUGUAGAAGAUUCAAAGGUGUAUGACAUAACCAAUGACUCAGCCGAUUUUGAUAUGGAUGACUCUUUUACAUUGGUAAAGCCUGUUGUCAAGCAAGAACCAAAAGUUAAUAUGCAGAUCAUGGUAGGGCUAGGUGCAAAGAAGGGAUCAUGCACAACAUCCUCGACUUUUGUCACAAUGACUGACACUAAAGCACCUCCUUCGAACAAGGUAAAAAUUGAGCAAGCGGAUGAGCAUGAUAUUUCCUCAACUGCCAAGGCUAAGGACAGCAGCACUUGGGCUGAAACCUUCAAGGCUCAGUCAGCAUACCACAAUGCUGACCUGCCUCCUCCUUGUCAAGAUGGUCAAUGCUGGUUGAAGAUGUUCCUUCCUACCAUAUUCCUAUGGGCAGGGUGUCAGCCUAAUAUUUGGUCCAUUAGCAAUGAAUUUCUGUCACUCACUAUCUCAGCUAUAUUCAAGGUUGUCUAUCCUGAAGUUCAGUACGCCCCCACAAUUCAAGGUGCUGUUAUUGGAGUUACAAACCAGUGUCUCUCAGAAUGGGGUAGCAACUUUGGCUCCACCACAAUCGCGAUCAUCAUUGACUUUAUGUCCCACAAUGAAGAUACUGAUGUGAUGGAGCUUGUGGGGUAUCUCCUCACUGAUUAUGCUUUCCUUUAUGAGGAUCCGGAUACAUUGGAUAAGGGAACAACUUAUCGCUCUCCCUUCAUGCCACAACUCAUUGGUACUGCUCAUCUCCAGGCCACCAUUGGCCAUGCAGAUGUUCCAGAACUCAAGACUGGCACUCUUGCCAAAAAUGGCAUUGUGGGUGUUAUCGCAAUCUCUGUGGCAGCAUUAGAACAUGCUUUGAUGCUCAUCAAAAUAGGCUGUAUAAAUAUUGAAGAUGUGCUUGCAGCAGGGCCUGCACAAUGCAGAUUCAUGGUGAAGACUCCCAAGGUCCUGAACAAGGCAACCAGGAAGAAAACUUGGACUGCAAAUGCUUUCUCUGUCAACAACUGGGGCUCUAAAACAUUAGCAUUCUCAAAGUCAGCUUGGGCGAAAGGUGAUGAGGCGAUGAAGAGUAUUGUCUCAAUGGCUUGA